UAAGUGACGCAGCGUUCCCGGAAGCCGCCCGGAGCUGAAGGAAGAGCGGCUGAGGAGAGGGUAGGGGAGGCAGUCGGGUUCUCGCCGCGGCUGUCGGUGGUGCUCGGCGGAGCACUCCAGCUCCAUCCCACUCUGCUUCCAUCCCUUCCUGUCCCAUUCAAUUCCGUUGCCUGCCGGGGGCCAUGUCGCUCUUCCAGUCCGCCCUGGACUUCCUGGCGGGCCCCGGCUCCCUGGGAGCCGCCAGCCGUGACCAGAACGAUUUCGUGGGGCAGACGGUGGAGAUGGGCGACAUGAAGCUGCGCAUCAAGCGGGUCAUCGCCGAGGGGGGUUUUGCUUUUGUCUAUGAAGCUCAAGAUCUUGGAAGUGGUAAAGAUUAUGCUUUGAAGCGAUUGUUGUCUAAUGAAGAGGAAAAGAACAAAGCCAUCAUUCAGGAAGUUUGUUUUAUGAAAAAACUUUCAGGUCAUCCCAACAUUGUCCAGUUUUGCUCUGCAGCAUCUAUAGGAAAAGAAGAAUCAGACACGGGGCAGGGAGAGUUUCUUCUGCUUACAGAGCUGUGUAAAGGACAGCUCGUGGAAUUCUUAAAGAAAGUAGAAUCCAAAGGACCUAUCUCUUGUGACACAGUUUUGAAGAUCUUUUAUCAGACCUGCAGAGCAGUGCAGCAUAUGCAUAAGCAGAAGCCUCCUAUUAUUCAUAGAGACUUAAAGGUGGAAAAUUUGCUUAUUAGUAAUCAGGGGACAAUUAAACUUUGUGACUUCGGUAGUGCUACAACUAUAGCUUACUAUCCUGACUACAACUGGUCUGCACAGAAGAGAGCAGUGGUUGAAGAAGAGAUUACAAGGAAUACAACACCAAUGUACAGGACACCAGAAAUGAUAGACUUGUAUUCAAAUUUCCCAAUUGGUGAAAAGCAGGAUAUUUGGGCUCUGGGCUGUAUCCUGUACUUGCUGUGCUUUAGGCAACAUCCGUUUGAAGAUGGAGCUAAACUUCGCAUAGUCAAUGGGAAAUAUGUCAUUCCACAGAAUGACACCCGCUACUCUGUCUUUCAUGAUCUCAUUCGCUCCACUUUGAAAGUGAACCCAGAGGAGAGAUUGUCAAUCACUGAACUUGUGAACCAACUGCAGGAGAUUGCAGCAGCUAGGAAUGUCAAUCCUAAAUCCCCCAUCACAGAGCUUCUGGAGCAAAAUGGAGGCUAUGGAAACAAUGCUCAGCCUCGGACAUCUGUGACGUCUGUUUCACAGAGCUCCAAGCCUGCAGGGCAGCUCAACAAUUUGUACAAUGCAGGCCUGACCGUUGCGGAAUGUGACCAGACUUAUGGAGGGUUCUUUGAUAUUCUGAGGGGUGGAACAGAGCGAUUUUUCACUAAUAUUAAGGAUACAUCUUCUAAAGUUAUCCAGUCUGUGGCCAAUUAUGCAAAAGGAGACUUGGAUAUAUCAUACAUCACUUCCAGAAUUGCUGUGAUGUCCUUUCCAGCUGAAGGUGUAGAAUCUGCCAUCAAAAAUAACAUAGAAGAUGUGCGGUUGUGUCUGGACUCUAAACAUCCUGGCCAUUAUGCUGUGUACAAUCUCUCUCCAAGAACAUACAGGCCUUCAAGAUUCCAUAACAGGGUUUCUGAAUGUGGCUGGCCAGCAAGACGAGCACCAAAUCUUCAGAAUCUCUAUAGCAUAUGCAAGAACAUGCAUUUAUGGCUGAAACAAGACCAGAAGAAUGUUUGCAUUGUGCAUUGCCUUGAUGGAAGAGCAGCAUCUGCUGUUGUAGUUUGUUCCUUUUUGUGUUUUUGUCGUCUCUUCACUACUGCUGAAGCUGCUGUUUACAUGUUCAGUAUGAAACGCUGUCCACCUGGCAUUUGGCCUUCUCAUAAAAGAUACAUUGAGUACAUGUGUGACAUGAUGGCUGAAGAACCCAUUAUUCCUCACAGCAAGCCCAUCCUGGUCAGGUCAAUUGUCAUGACUCCCGUUCCGCUUUUCAGUAAGCAGCGUAAUGGCUGCAGGCCUUUUUGUGAGGUUUAUGUGGGAGACGAGAGAGUAACCACUACCUCCCAGGAAUAUGACAAAAUGAAGGAAUUUAAAAUUGAAGAUGGGAAGGCAGUAAUCCCACUGGGUAUAACAGUCCAAGGAGAUGUUCUCAUUGUGAUCUAUCAUGCCAGGUCAACUCUAGGAGGACGACUACAAGCCAAGAUGGCUUCAAUGAAGAUGUUUCAGAUUCAGUUCCAUACAGGCUUUGUGCCCCGAAAUGCCACUACAGUGAAAUUUGCCAAGUAUGAUCUGGAUGCCUGUGACAUACAAGAGAAAUACCCUGAUUUAUUUCAAGUCAAUCUGGAAGUAGAGGUGGAGCCCAGAGACAGGCCCAGCUGUGAACAGCCACCUUGGGAUAACAUGAAUAUAAAGGGACUGAAUCCCAAGAUCCUCUUCUCCACCCGAGAGGAACAGCAAGAGAUUUUAUCAAAAUUUGGGAAACCAGAGUUGCCUAGACAGCCAGGUUCAACUGCACAAUAUGAAGCAGAGGCAUCCCAGUUGGAGCAGUCUUCAGAAAGUGCACCUACUGAUACAGAAUCCCCACACAGUGGUAGUACUGAUGCAAACAACUUCUUUCACUCUCUGGACUGGAAAGAAGGAAAAACUACAGAAGGUGGAAUAGAGGACAGUUCAUCUAAAAAUGAUUGUGUUCAGCUGUCUGAUGACAGGGAAGAGAGUGAUCCUUCAGAUGAAGAGUUCCCAACAUUUCCAGAUGAAGGAAGUACAGUAAUUGUUGAUGAGAAAGACUCUACUCCAGAGGGAGAGUUGCUUUUUGAGGCCAGUUUUGAAACUCCAUCUGCGCCAUUACAAAAAUCUCUCCCUGAAGAGAAUGUAGACUUGCUGGGACUAGACUCUGAUAUUUCAGCAGAACAGAAACAACCUAUCUCAGAAAUAAACUCUUCAUCAAGUAAUGCUGACUUGUUGAACAACCUGUUUGUGAGCAGUGUGUCACAGGUUUCAAAUGAGCCCACUGGAGAUCUUCUUGGACAAGGAACAGAUUUCUUUUUCAGCAGUCAGCAUCCAGCUGCUACUCAGGGUUCAUCUUCAGCAGCAGCUGUGUCUUCAGCCGAUCCAUUUGACCCAUUCACAAUGUCAUCAAGCUCAGAGAAUCAAGCCCUGUCUGGUCCAGACCUCUUUGGGGACUUUCUUAAUCCAACCUCAACAUCUACAGCUAAUACAGUUCCUUCCACACAAAGUUCACUUCCACCUUCUUCCAGCUCCGAUUUCUUAAAUUUAGGCAAUUUGACACCAGAGCCACCUAAAAUAUCAUCAUCUACAAGCCACCCAGAUCUCUUAAGUGGAUGGGAUUCUUGGGCAGAUUCCUCAACAACCAGCAAUGUAGCAUCACCACAGCUGAAGCCUGUUUGUGAAGGCCAAGCUUUUACCACUGGAAGCCAGUCCAGUGUGUCUUCAGGUUCGUCUUUUAGCCAGGCGAAAGCUCAGAACUUUGAUCCUUUUGCUGAUCUUGCCAACCUGGGAUCUGGUCUUCCAGGUUCAUCCACUGGUGGACUCUUGGGUAGUGGAUUUAGUCAGAAGACUGCUGCUCCAUCUCAGAAGCUAGGAAAUCAGUGGCAGAAAUCCUCCAAACCACCAAGUACUUCAUGGCAGUCCCAGACUAAGUCCAGCACAGCAGCUAAGCCCAACUACACAGUAAACUUCAGUGUUAUUGGGGGACGAGAGGAAAGAGGAGUCAGAGCCCCAAGCUUUGGUCAAAAACCAAAAGUUUCAGAAAAUGACUUUGAGGAUCUCUUAUCUAAUCAAGGAUUUUCAGCGAAAUCUGAUAAAAAGGGACCAAAGACAAUUGCUGAGAUGAGAAAACAAGAGAUGUCUAAAGACAUGGACCCCUUGAAACUCAAGAUUCUUGAAUGGAUUGAAGGAAAGGAGAGAAAUAUCAGAGCAUUAAUAUCUACUCUACAUACAGUGCUUUGGGAAGGGGAAAAUAAGUGGAAACCAGUCAGCAUGGCAGAUUUAGUAACUCCUGAACAAGUAAAGAAGUACUACAGGAAAGCAGUGCUUGUGGUUCAUCCUGAUAAGGCCACAGGACAACCCUAUGAGCAAUAUGCCAAAAUGAUCUUCAUGGAAUUGAAUGAUGCAUGGUCAGAGUUUGAAAACCAGGGAUCAAAGUCCCUUUUCUGAAAUUUCACAUUUCAUGGAACUGCUUCCAGAAACUGGAGCUGAUCAUUGUUAUGACUUUAUUGCGCCUGAGAUUUCCGAAGCGCUUUUCCACGAUUUCAGCACAGUUUCUAGUUAUGCACUUAAAUGUGGGGAUGUAUUUUGUAAGAUGUAGAGUACAAAGCAUUAUAUAGAUGCAUUAAGAAAAACACUGCUGAAGAAAUCAGUCUGGGAGUAAAGGUUUCUCUUUUUGUAUAAGAAAAAUAGAAUUUGAAUGAAGCAAAGUAAUAAGUGAUAGGCUAGUAUUAGUUAUAAAUCAUUCCAACUUAAUUGAUCGUUGCUGUACCUCUACCGUCCCAAAUUUGUCUGUUACUUUGAGUAGUUUGGUGAUUAAAUUUUGAUAUUUGGUGCCUGUCGCCUUCUUCAAAGUGCUUUAGUUAGCAGCAGUGAAUUUGCUUGGCUUAUGUCAAACCUAAGGAUGUAUAUUUUCAUCUGUAUUUUAUAUAAUCAAUCUGAUAAUCAUUCUGUAAAUAAUGUUUUCUGGUAAUAUGUGUGUUCUUUACAAUAGAAUAACAGUUGUUUAGCCAAAAAGACAGCACACGUGGGAAAGUCAGACAGGGUUGUUCUUGAUUUUUUUUUUUAAACAUAUCAUGAAUCUAAAAAGAAAUUUUGACUCUGAGGUCUGCAUGUUCCUGCUGUUUUGUUUAUUUAUUGGAGUAGUCUGACCUGUGCUUAUUUUCCUAGUUCUUUAAAUGGUGUCUUUUGCUUCUAAAUUCAGUGGAAUGUUCCUUUCAUUGAACUUCAAAUACUCUGAUAGAAACAAUUUUACUCUGAAACUUGAAGUGUAAGCACAAACCUUUUACUGUGCUUUGAUUUGUCUGAGUAUUAAAUCACUCAUUUUCAUCUGGUAAGCAUUUAAAGUGCUUUAACAAACAUUUUGCUGCAUGUUUGAACUUGUGUAUUUUGAGCAUGGCAUCAGUGCAUGUGAAAACAUGGUGUGUCUUGGUAUACUGUUGAAUUUCUGCUCACGUGUUUCCAUGCACUGCUUAGUGCAAGAUGAGUAGAGACACAGCUUGGUAACAAAACUUGCCAUGUUUUCUCAUCCCUGUUCAGAAGUCACUUUUUCACUAGUGCUGGGGUGGAUGAUGCGAGCGACCAAUGACUGUUAUACUCUGUGUAAUAACAAAAUGCAAUUUUCAUAUCAAGUUUGAAAAUGUUGAAAAUUAGUGCUGAGCUAUUAAAUCUUCAGCAGCAGUCUCCUGAGACUGGACAGUUGGGCAUUCAAGGGGAUAUUUUGAUUACUUGCCUUUUUAUACAUUUUGCAUGCUUAACUGAGAGGGAAGCUGUAUUAUUAGCAGAGGUAACUGUUCAGCUGAGCAACAUCUGAACAGGAAACAUGAGAUUCUAAUACCACCUGAAAGGUACAUUGGAUGAGAUUUUCCACUGCUGCACCAGCCCAUGAGCUGGUGGGUUAGAGACUGCUGAACACUUGCUGUGUCUAGUCUCUAGCUCUGUUAUAACACAGUUACUUAUUAACCUCUGAUCAAAGGUUUUGUUUGUGUAUAUUUGCAUAUAUAUUUAGCUGCUGUGAUUUUUCUUUUUUUUUAAGGUGAAGCUAGGAUCAGUUAUGCAUCAGGAAGGUUAUAUAUUAUUCAUAGCUGCUGUUGUAUGUCAGUUACUGCUUUGAAGCAGUCUUAAAUCUCAGUAGAUUUCUUUAUAAAUGUAUGUAACUUGCUGUCUGAUUUAAAGUAAGAGUUAAUCUUUUUUCCUUUGGAUACUUCAUUAAUUCUUUGUGUAUGUGUUCUGCAACCAUGGAAAUUGAAGGCUUCUGCUGGUAGGAUAGAUUUGUGGGAGACUUUUUUACAGUUCCAGGGCAAAUGCUAUGUAGGAAUAGGUUUAAAAAGACAAACACAGAUAUAUAAUGACUUUGACUGUAGUGCUAUAUACAAUUGAGAGAUAAGGCAUUUCUAAGGGGGCUGCUUAGAAUAAGGAGGGACUGCUUUAAAAACCCAUGUUCAUUCAGCAUGUAUAGGCAACUUCAUUUUACGACAUAUAUUUUUAAUUGCUCUUUUCUUGAAAUAUGUGUUUAAAAAAUUAAAACCUGAAAUUUGGGAGGAAAAUAUCUUCCUCUGCUUUGUGUAUUUGGUAGUGUUUUCUGGAUGAUGUGUCUACAUUAAGCUUUUUAAAAUUUCUCUACUCUUGCUUGCAAAAUCUUCUUGAAACAUCAGAAAAGAACCUUUAGAUGUGGUUUUAAGUUAGCAGAGAAAACAUGAGUGCAAGUAUUUUACCUGGAACUGAAGAUCUCUUGAAAUUAGCUCUCUCUUUUAAAAAUUAUGGAAAUUCAAGUAGUUUGGCUAUGGAUUCUUCCAAGAGCCAUUACUUAAUUACUGAAACUUCAGCCAGGUUGACAGAACUGCUCAGCUUAUUUUAUGGCUUAGUUCUGGUUUUGUGGGGAAACUGCCUGAUUUCUCUGUCCUGCUCCUUUCUAGAUAAUUGAAUUUUGCUGCUGAGAAUCUGCGAGAAGCUUGGCUUGGUAAACUGAUAAAUCUUAACAAUGAAACUGUUUUGGGUAGGGUGUUUUGAUUUUGGUUUUAUUUUUUUAACUAUGCCAUUUCUCUGUGUUACAUACAAGAAUGUGCAAACAUGGGGAUUUCAUUAAGAUUCUGUAAGCAAAUUGUAAUUUGGAAAUUAAAAAAGUUCAAGUGGUGAAUAUGAACAUAAUAAAUGGAAGUUUUGUUUUCUGUGCAACACAAAGCGGCAUGAGGACCACCAAAGGUGUUUCUUAGUGUAAGGCUUACAUAUUAAGUACAAGAAGCUGGGAAGAGGGAAGUUAAAGUAUAUUUCAUAUAAAUGUGUAUUGAGUCUUAAUGUUGCUUUUAUAGGAGAUGGUGAUUUGGAAGAAAAAAAUCCAGCAGUUUUAUGAAUUCAUCUUAAAACAGUAAUAAAAAAUGGUAGACAAUCUGGGAAUGAGGGCUUUUCAACCUUUUGAUUUGUACUUGGUUGUUAAUUGUCUGUCUGCUGUAUGAACUAGGAGUGCACUCAAAUUGAUAACGCACAUUUUUCACUGUAGUUCUAUUCUUAGUGUCCACAAACUGAAAAGCUUUUAGAGCGGGCCUCAGAAAAAAAUGAUUAAUCAGAGACUUGGCUGGAUUCUCUGUUUUCUUAAAAUGUUUAUUUUCCAUU